AUGCCAUCCAUAGCUAGAAAGAGAUUGGCUAAGGAGAGAUUAGAAUGGCGACGGGACCAUCCCGUUGGAUUUUCGGCAAAAUAUGCCCUGCUCCCUGACGGAAGCGGCUAUGAUAUGAUGAAGUGGAUAUGCAAAAUCCCGGGAAAGAAGGGGUCAAUUUGGGAGGAGGGAGAAUACCAACUUACAAUGGAGUUUACGGAGGACUAUCCGAGCAAGCCACCCAAGUGUAGGUUCACCACAGUCUUGUUCCACCCGAACAUAUACCCCUCCGGCACCGUGUGUUUAUCGAUUUUAAACGAGGACGAGGAAUGGAAGCCGUCUAUAACAAUUAAACAAAUAUUGCUAGGAAUACAGGACCUCCUCGACAACCCGAAUCCGCUAUCGCCUGCCCAGGCAGACCCAUAUCUGCUAUUUCUGAACAACAGACCCGAGUACAUAAACCGAGUACGCAAACAGGCGGCCGAGCUGCGGCCCGUGGACUAG